AUGCUGCUAAGGGUAAUUGAGAUCAAGAAAACGGACAAGAAUAACGAUAGCGGAAAAUCUGGCAAUAUAGUGCAAACCGGUGGCAAUGGAUCUGGUUUGGCGAAUAUGGUGGCGCCUGGGACUGGAGGUGUAGUUCAUUUACCUCGAGAUGCUUUUGAAGCCAAUACUAAGGCUUAUUUUGACAACUUUCAUGCCAAGGACAAGGCACAAAUGUGA